AACAGAGAACCGCCCCUUCGCGUCCUGUAAUGUGUUUGUGGAGCACAGUUCAGACAAAACCAUUGCAGUGGAGCAGUCAGCCUGUGCGCACAAUGAUGAACCUCACUUUGAUGACAGCUUUGCUCUCUGCCUUCAGCUGGAUCUCCAUCUCGGUCGCUGACUUUCACACUGUGGAGUCUCAGCCUGGUGAAGAAGUCACACUGCUCUGCUCCAACUUUACCAGAUUUCCCACCCACAUAUACUGGUUCAAAUUAAGUAACAGCUCCAACAACAGCUGCAUUUCCUAUAUGUUGACCUCUGAUGGAAAUACUUCAUUCUGUGAUGGAUUUCAAAAUGGCAAAUUUAACAUGUCAUCAAACACCACUACUCUCUUUCUGAGGAUCAAAGAAGUUGAAUUAUCAGACUCUGGACUGUACUUCUGUGGAUUUUACACAAACUCAGCUAUUGUCAGUGCAACAUAUUUAAAGGUUCAAGAAAUGGUUGAUGGAAUAGAAAAUCUGAUGAGCGUGGUCCUGGGUGCUGUCAUAAUCGUCCUCGUUAUAGUCGUCAUUAGUCUGGCUGUCCAAAUCAGGAAACAUCAUACAGUUCAUAAAGAGGGGCUGAAUCCACAACACAGCGAGAACCUCACCUCUAAUGACCUGACCUACGCGGCGCUCAGUUUCCAUCCGAAAGCAAAAACCAGCAGAAGGCCUCCAGCAGAGCAACAGCUGGAGUCAAAUGUUGUGUACGCUGCCACCAGAAAGACUCAGGAAACAACUAGAACAGCAGCUCAGGGUGGAAUUGUCGCUUCAUCACGUUCAACACACGAUGCCACGGUUUUGCUUGAGCAGUAGUCAGAUGGCCUAAGUAUCACUGUAAAAAGGUUUUUUUUUUUGCUUACGCUGUGUGUCUUAGAUCUUGAUCUGAGAACAGAUGCAAUUUGGUGUCUAAUGGCCCUUAGCAAAAAGUAGUUUAUUCAAGUGUACUACAAGUUUACUUAUUUUAUACUAAAACACAGACAGUAUACUUGAAGUGUACUUUUUAUAUACUAUAUUUUUAUAUACUUAAGAAAAGUAUAUUGAAGUCUACUUGGUUUAUACUUAAAGAUAUAAAGAAUAGUCUAAGACUAAGUACAUUAAUACUUAGACUUACACUUAUACUUUAAUACUAAAGCUUAUACUUGUACUUUAGUAUACUGUAAUGCUCCUUGUGGACUGUGGCGCAAAGGCUCUUGGGUAUUCUGUUGUUGGUGUAAUUAUGGUUCGUGAAUGUGGUUGUGAAUAAGAUGAUGUGUAAGAUGGUUAUGGGUUAAAUCACGUCCUUGUUCUGUGGUUAAAUUGUGUCGAGUUAACAAAGAUGAUAAAAAUGUUGGCACCGUGAGUGAAGGGGUGAUUUCCUAGAGAG